AUGGCAGAUUCACUGACAGAAGAACAAGUCUCUGAGUUUAAAGAAGCUUUUUCACUGUUUGACAAAGAUGGCGACGGACAAAUAACUACCAAAGAACUGGGAACAGUCAUGCGAUCCCUAGGCCAAAACCCAUCCGAAUCAGAACUACAAGAUAUGAUUAAUGAGGUUGACGCUGAUAAUAAUGGCACAAUCGACUUUCCUGAGUUUCUGACUAUGAUGGCAAGAAAAAUGAAAGAUACAGAUUCUGAAGAGGAAAUACGAGAAGCCUUCAAGGUUUUCGAUCGUGACAACAACGGAUUUAUCUCUGCUGCUGAGCUACGAUACGUUAUGACAUCGAUUGGUGAGAAAUUAACAGAUGAUGAAGUUGAUGAAAUGAUUCGGGAAGCCGAUCAGGAUGGCGACGGAAGAAUCGAUUAUAACGAAUUUGUCCAACUCAUGAUGCAACGAUAA